UUCAGCAGUCCUGAGGCAGGAAACCCAGCAGUUGCACUCAGUGAACAUCCCCUCUUUCCUUCUCCCUUAACCUCUCUCUCUCUCUCUCUCUCUCUCUCUCUCUCAGACGCAACUAGACUUACUAGUGCUGACCCAUACAGCUGGAGGGAUGCUGGCCUUUCUGAGGGGAGCUGUGCAGCCAGUGACAGUCAUCAGGGCGAGGGAUAUUGUCCAGAAACGGAACUCCAGCAUCUACAGCAAGCCACCCAAAAGCAAGAUUGGACCUGGGCAAAGUUUCUUGAUUAUGUCGGUGUUUGCCGUUGCCCUCCUGGCCCCUGCCGGGUGGAUUCUGCACCACAUCCCAGAAUAUCGUCAGAGAGCAAAACCCCCACCAUCCUGAAGAAAGCACUGGUGUACCACAGACAGACCUGGCUGCCUCUAAAGCAUUAUUCAC